AUGUCUACACUCGAGAAUCUCGUUGACAUCCCGGCCACCCUAGAAUUCCAAGAGUUGCUCUCGAAGGAUCUCAAACGUAUAUCGCUAAUCUACUUCUGGACGUCCUGGGCUGAGCCAUGCGUGCAAAUGAACCAAGUUGUCGAAGGGCUAGCCAAGGCAUACCCAAAACUGCUCGCGCUGAGGGCAAGUACCCAGGACCCUGUGGAGGCAGAAGAGCAAGCGGACAUUUCAGACUCCUUUGACAUCAGCUCUGUUCCGACAUGCUUAGUUAUUCAGGGCCACGCUUUACUUGCUCGGAUCGAAGGCGGAGAUGCGACCCGGCUUACAGAAACGAUUGCAAAGUACUUGGGAAGCAAUUCCUCCGUAGUUUCUCAGUCAACGACAUCCCAACCUCCUGUUCUUCCGUCAUCUUCCGAGACGGUAGCACAAUUAGAAACCCGCAUGCGGAAGAUCAUGAAUCAAAGCUCGGUGGUUUUAUUCAUGAAAGGGGAACCAGAUGCACCUCGGUGCGGCUUUUCCAGGACUGCAGUAGCGCUGUUGAGGGAGAAAAAUGUUACAUUCACUCACUUUGACAUUCUUAGCGACGAGAGUGUGCGGCAAGGCUUGAAGACACUGAACGAUUGGCCUACCUUCCCACAAUUUAUAGUAAACGGCGAAUUUGUGGGAGGAUUGGAUGUGGUGAAGGAGAUGAAGGACUCGGGGGAGUUCGAUGGCGUUUUCUUUGACUGACUCCGUGGCUGAUGUGUACUGUUAUUAUAAGUCUAACCUUUGAGCAGAUACUUGUUAAUACUGUCUUGCUGUCAGGCGAUAGAAUCGGCUAUAAAUUGUAUAAUUUAAUCUGAAGAGAGUUUGUAAUCCAUGCAUGUAAGUACAUGCU